AUGACGACAUGAAAAAUCCGGGUGUGUUGAACGAGUUCUCGACAGCAGCGUUCAGGAUGGGUCACUCCUCCAUCACCAACACACUGCCACUCUUCACUGCCCACUACCAACACACUGCCACUCUGCCUCUCGUCACGAAUUUCCACAACUCUUCUCUGUUAUUAAACCCAGAAAUGAUGGAUUCCCUGUUGCGAGGGUUGCUAGGACACGCCAUGAAACCAACAGACCUUCACCUAGAAAACAGCAUCUUCAAUGAGCUCUUCAAGAUUUUGCCAGAUAAUUUCUCAGGACAAGAUCUCACUGUCCUAAAUCUUGCAAGAGGAAGAGAUCACGGACUUGCUCCGUACACUAAGUACCUUGACUUCUGCGGGAUCACCACUGUUGUCAGCUUUGACGACCUGACGAAGCUCAUGUCUGUGGCUGCCGUCUCAGCGCUGCGUGAGGCCUACCGUCACGUCCAUGACAUAGAUCUCUUUAUUGGAGGACUGGCGGAGGAUCACGUUCCAGGUGGUGAAGUGGGACCAACAUUUGCUUGCAUUAUUGCUCGCCAGUUUCUUAUCACGAAGAGGAGUGACAGAUUCUGGUACGAGAAUAAAGGAUCAGGCUUUACUUACCAACAACUACGGAACAUAAGGACGGCCUCACUUUCAAGGAUCAUUUGCAAUAAUAUGGACCAAGUGGAGCAGGAGGUGCCACCACGCGCUUAUAUGCCGCCUCAUCAAACUAAGAACCCACUAGGCCCGUGCAACAGCCUACCAGACAUAGAUACAAGCCUGUGGCAGGAACAUUCUGGCGAAGAGGGUUGCUACUACCAGGGCAACUAUCCUCCCUCCUCCCAUACCCCGAACUCGCUCUGUCUUCACUCCUGUCAGCCAGAUGGAUGGGUGAGUUCACGUAAACGAGGUUGUUGCUUUAACCAGAAAAACAUAAGAGCAUCUGAAUCGUCUACCUUGAGCAUGUUCCGAGGGGUCAAUGCUCCCAUCACCCAGUCCAUGACCAGGUUGUUACUACUGGCUGCACGCAAUCCAACAUAGGAACCACAGCCCAGU